AUGCAAGGUACAUAUCGAUAUCCUGAUGGAUCUGAAUAUACAGGUGAAUGGAAUGAAGAUGGUCAACGACAUGGAUUGGGUCAAUUAAUAUUUUCUGAUCAUGCAAAAUAUCGUGGACGAUUUGAAAAUGGUCUUUUUACUGGACUUGGUUGUAUAACAUAUCCAGAUGGAUCAAAAUAUGAUGGUGAAUUUUCUCAAGGACGUUUUCAUGGUUUAGGUAUAUUUACUCGUUGUGAUGGUAUGAAAUAUGAAGGUCAACUUCAAGAUGGAAAAAUCUAUGGUUUAGGUCUUUUAACAUUUACUGAUGGUUCACAUGGUUUACCAAGAAAUGAAGGUUAUUUUGAAAAUAAUAAAUUAGUACGACGUGAAAAAUGUACCGAUAUUAUACGAAAAGCUAUUGUAUGUGCAGACAAAGCAAAAACUCAACAUAUUUAA